UAAAAGGCAACAGUAUUUCGUGGCCAACAAAUUCUGGUUGUUCUCUUUCCAAUUGAAAAUCUGGGAUCGCUGUCUUUAGGGUUUUCUCUAAAACGUAAACAAAAUUAAUUCAACCCAGAAACAGGAACGUAGCUUUCAAGUCCGAAUCAAAAUCAAUGGCAACAACGACAACAAAUCAGCAGCUGCAGGGAAACACAAACAAGAUAGAGAAGAGAAAACCAGUUUUUAUUAAAGUGGAUCAGCUUAAGCCAGGAACCAACGGCCAUACCCUGAUCGCCAAGGUAUUGACCUCCAACACUGUUUUGCAGAAGGGUCGACCCACCGCCGCCGCUUCUAACCGCCUCCGCAAUACCCGCAUCGCCGAGUGUCUCAUCGGUGAUGAGACUGGCACGAUCCUCUUCACCGCCCGUAACGAUCAAGUUGACUUGAUGAAGCCAGGGACCACUGUUAUUCUCCGGAAUGCGAAGAUUGAUAUGUUUAAGGGUUCUAUGAGGCUAGCUGUUGACAAAUGGGGCCGCAUUGAGGUCACUGAACCUGCCAAAUUUGUUGUAAAAGAGGAUAAUAAUCUGUCGCUGGUUGAGUAUGAAUUAGUGACUGUGGCUGCUGAAGAGUGAGGGAAGGGCUGUAGAGAUCAUCAGUUUAAUACAUCCAUAGUGUUUUGUGAAUUUAAAAGCCUGGUAGUUGUUUCUACUAUUUCUUCCUGUGGAAUGGGGUGCUAUUAAGGUAUAAUUUCAAUGACAGUUGGGUUUGGUAUACAAAUGUCCCUGAAAUUGGUUAGUCUUUUCAUUUUAACUUUGUUAACAUCUAUUAGGAUUGUUUAACGUCAUUUAAGUGGUGAAGGGAUUGUCACUUGCUUCUAUCUUGUGAAGGGAACCAGCGCACACUGAACUUGGAAUCAAAAUAUGUGUUAAUAGUAAAAUUCCUGUUAUCUAUUUGCUUUAUGCUCA